AUGCCAGAGGAAACUCUUGAACGCGGCGGCGCUUCCGCACCGACGACCGAUCGCGAGGUGAAUGAGUACGCGAGCUACUGCGCCCGCAUCCACGAUGAGGAGAUCUACCACGACCUGUGCGCGGUCAAGACGGCCCACGAACUGCCCGCCGCUGUCCAUACGCCUGCUUUACAUACACUAGCAACAUCGUCACACAGCUUAGAGAAAAGGGACUAUGUAAUAAGGGAGCUGGUUGAUACAGAAAAUAACUAUGUGGAUGUCUUAGGCAAAAUUGUCAAGUAUUUCUUGAGGCCACUAACGCCGUAUCUCAAGCCUCAGGACGCUCAAGUUGUAUUCUUCGGUAUUAAGGAACUACAUGAAAUCCACUCAGGCUUACUACGGCAGCUGAAAUUGGCUACGGAUGCGUGCGUGCCUGGCAGUGGUGCGCCGCGACUCGCCGACGUGUUCCUAGCGUGGCGGGAGCGGCUACUGCUGUACGGAGACUACUGCUCGAACCUUACCAAUGCUCAGGAAACCUUAAAGAUGUUGGACGCUAAAGACCCCAUCUUCAAUAAACAGCUAGCGAAAUGUCAGAAGGAACACAGUGACGGUCGGAUACAGCUGCGAGAUAUCCUGUCAGUGCCGAUGCAAAGGAUCCUCAAAUAUCAUCUGCUCCUGGAUAAAUUGGUGCAUGAAACACAACCGAAUCACGAAGAAUUCCGCGGCCUAGAGCGUGCUAAGGAGGCAAUGGUGGACGUGGCACAGUACAUCAACGAAGUCAAACGAGACAGCGAGGUUCUUGUGCUUCUCGCGAAAGUUCAGGAGAGUAUAAUAGACUGGGACGCAGGCGUGCUCGGUGCGGGCGGGGCGGGGCUAGCGGCGUACGGCCGUCUGCUUCUCGACGGAGAGCUCAAAGUCAAAGCUCAUGAAGAUCAGAAGCUGAGGUUACGAUACGUGUUCGUUUUUGACAAGCUUAUGCUGUUGUGCAAAGUUAAGGACAACCAGUACUCGUGCCGCGUGGGCGUGCGGCUGGCGGAGUACCGCGUGGAGGAGGGGCUGGCGCGACGCGCGCUCAGGGGCGACGCGCGCUGGACGGCGCACUUCUACCUCGUGCGCCGCACCAAGGACGCCACCUUCACGCUCUACGCCAAGUCCGACGACGCCAAGCGCAAGUGGGUCAAAGCCAUCCGCGACGCCAUUGACAACCUUGAGCCACCCGGUUGCCGGAGUACGAACCACAAAUUUGUUCUGCACACGUUCAAGAAACCCGCCACGUGCCAUCAUUGCUCGAAAUUCCUCAAAGGACGCUUAUUUCAGGGUUACCUCUGCUCAGUGUGUAACGCUUGCGCCCACAAGGAGUGCAUAGCGUUGUCAGGCCGCUGUGGGGGAGGCCUGGCGCCUGCUCCUCCCCUCCCCCCACAUCACCAUCAGCCCGACCAGGCGCUACACUACUACAUGUGGUACGUGGGUGAGAUGGGUCGCGAGACAGCCACAGCGCGGUUAGAGCGUCGUGUGGACGGCACGUUCCUGCUGCGCGUACGGCCCCACCCCCAACAGACGCCCAACCACGCCCCCAACGACACCAACUAUGCGCUAUCACUCAAAACGGAUAACACAGUGAAACACAUGCGGGUGUGUCGCAAACCAAUCGACCAGACGCAGCACUACUUCCUCUCAGAAUCACGGUUCUUCCGUUCCAUCGUCGAGCUCAUCACCUACUAUGAGAAGACGAGCCUCUCUGAGAACUUCGAAGGUUUAAAUUCGAAUCUUCGCUGGCCAUUCCGACGUGUGGUAGCUACAGUGAUCCAUGACUUCCGGCCACUGGAGUCCACGCAGUUGGCGUUAAGGCCUGGCUCUAAGGUGCUGGUGCUUAGUAAAGAAGGUGAUAGCCGAGGAUGGUGGAAAGGCCGAACACUUGAUAAGGGCGACAACAGGUCGGGCUACUUCCCCAAGGAGUGCGUGCGCGAGGAGCCGGAGUGCAUCGGCGCGCUGGACUGA